AAAUCACCUUUUUGGAUCUUAUAAAUGUAUAAUAAAUACCAUAUGAUAUUCAAUAAAAUGUUGAAUCAAUAAAUAUGGCUUCGGUCAAGUUUGUGGACUUUAAGUAUCUGAUUAGAUGAACUGUUACAUGGGAACGCUUUAUUCAGAGACAUGAACAAUCUUAAAGGUUAUCCCAAGUCAAAAAUUCACCAUGGAUUAGAUCUUUAAUCAUUCUUAAAUGCUUAAAUAUGUUACCAAUUCAAAAUUGACAUCUCGACUUUUAUAUACAAACCCCUAUUUCCUACAGUAUAGAUCCCUUAGAUCGACCUUAAGACAGCAAAUGAAUCAAUGGACAUUCAUUUAAAGGAAGCCACCAAUAGACCGCUAGGAUUUCACUAAAUUCAAGACUUAAGAAUAAUAGUCGAAUGAUAAAAUUAUUCUUAGAUUAGAUAUGAGGAUUUCAGCAGAUCUUGAAACGGCAAAAUACCCAAUAAAAUUGAUUGCAUUUCUAACAUAAUUUAGAAUAAUAGCAAUAUGA